AUGUCGCAAGGCCCACAAGGGUCACAUUGCUUCGCCACCGAAGACGAUGUGGCGAAGUGGCUGGGCGAGAGCGGCCGCAGGUGGAGGCAAAAGGUGCAUUGCCUAGACAAGGAAGCCCUGAGACGCAUGGCCGUGGUUCUAGGAGUUGGGCAGAAGCAACCACCGCAGAAGGAAAAGCUCGCUGAGACGGUGUGCGAGAAAGCGGCGAGCCUGCUGGUGACGGCCAAGAGGAGAAGCUUGCCGACAGCGGGCCAGAGCACCCAGUCGCCAGUGAAGAAGGCUCGCAGCAGCGCUUCGGCAUCUUCGGCGACUGCGGUUGCAACGCCAGAGCCAGCCGUGAAGAAGUCACGAUGGACGCCAGGCUGCCUGGGAAGCCCGAUGCCAAGUGCUGACGGCCCUGCCGCCACGGAAGGACCUGGGACGCCGCGAUCCAUUCGCGCUGCCGAGGCUCUGGCCAUGUCCACGCGGAAGUCUGAGUUCGGAUCUCCGCCAGGCCCUCAAGCCACGCCCCCGGCCCACAGAGAUGUCCCCUCUGCCUGUGACAUUUGGAUGACAGAUCAUUUGAGCGCACUGCUCGGCGCCAAGGGCGUCCGGCCAAACAUCAAGGCGUUGGUGCUCGAAUUGCAAGAGCUACAAGGGAGCAGUCCCAGUGCUGUCUGGCCAAUCCAAAGGAGCAACAAAGGAUUGUACCUGAGGCUGUACCGCUUGCGGACCGACUACAAGAAGGCACUGGCCGGGGAGAUCCAGAACCCUUCUACCAUCGAGGACUUGCGCCUCCUCUCUCGCAUCGUGGGCGGCGGCGGCCCGCGCGACCAGGCGCUCGGGGACGGCGCGCUGGGGGCAAUCGAGCAUGUCCGUGGUUGCUGGCGGUGGGCCUUCAAGGACGUCGGCUCUGAUGUCGUCGGCGCGUGGCACGACGCGGAAGCUGCGGCGGCCGUGGACCUCCAGACGGUACAGUUGCUGCUUUUCCCGCCCAGUCUGCCGGCCGAGGUCUGGUUCGUACCGACCCAGCGCACUGCCCAUCUGCAGGGCGUCAAGAUCGAAGCUCUGAAGCGGCGGGCGCACGCCUUUUCUGCCAUCGGGCAGCAGGAACCGCUGCUGCCCACGCGUCUCGCCCGCCCGCACGACGCCCGCACCCUGUCCAACGACUUCCCGGGCUUCCGCAACCUGGGCGACACGUGCUACUUGAACGCAGUGCUGCAGUGCAUCUUCCAUUGCGAGCCGUUGGCCUCCUCCCUGUUCGCGCCCGCACAGCGCCCGGGCGUUCUGGAGACCGCGCUCCGGGACCUCUUCGAGGAGUACGUUGCGUCGGGCGACUCCACGGCAGACGUCAUUGCACCUGUGCGAGUUCUACAGAAAGUGCAACAGCACGCUGGGUUCGUGCCCGGCCGUCAGCAGGACGCCGCGGAGUGCUUGCGACAGCUCUUGCUGUGCACGGGCCUGCACCGGCGCUUCUGCGACAGUCAGGCACCGGUCGCCGACGGAGGCGUCGUCAUGUCGUUCGCGCCAGAGGUGGCCCAGAUCAGCUCGGCCGCUGGGGCCAUAGACGCAAAGGCCCUGCUGCUCACGGCCAUGGCGGACGAGGGGAAGCUCGGGAUAGGCGCGCAGGUGUUGGUCCUACGCAUGGAGACCACGUACGAGCUGGGGGGCGAGGACUUCUGGGUGGACGCCCACGUCACGUGGCCGGACCACUCCCUGACGGUGACGGUGGCGAACGAGGCGGAGCCGCAGGUGGAUUACGACGUGCAGGCUUACCUCGUGCAUAUCCCCUUUGAUACAGACGUCUCCCGAGGCAUGCGCUCGGGCCACUAUGUCGCGUACUUCAAGCACGGCAGCACGUGGUACGAAGCCGACGACCAGAAGGUCACGAUGCUCACAGAGCCGCCCACGAAAUUCCCGUACGUCGUGCUCCUGGCGCGCUGCGACCGAGGCCGACCGGCCCACGCGGCGGCGCUGCGGAGGCGAGUGCAGGCCGUGGCGGAGCCGGAGGAGCGCCUGGCACAGCUGCCCAAGCCGACGCGCGGAGUCGGUCCGGGAGAGCACAGCAGCGAGACCGUGCAGGGCAAGCACAGGACCGGUCAGGGCAAGCGCAGGACCGGGCUGGGCGAGCACAGGACCGGGCUGGGCGAGCACAGGGCCGGGCUGGGCGCGCACAGGGCCGGGCUGGGCGCGCGCAGCUGCGAGACCCGGAACUCCACGCGCGCCAACAAAGACCACCCCUACAAGCGCUUCUGCGAGAACUACGGCUUGUAUCGGAAGUGCCCGGAGGUCACGGUCCGCCAGUGGGAGCCGCGAGCCGAGCCGUCUGGUCCUCUGCCAUGCUUGCUCUGCCCCCCUGGCACAGACUUCCAUCGGCGGGAGGAUUGGCUGCGGCACCUCGUCGAGGAGCACGGUGGUAGGCAGCGGUGCCGCAACGCCUGGCUGGCCCACAUGCAGCUGGCUCCGCAUGUCGUCACCGGUCAGGAGUGGCGCGCUAUUGUGGGAAACUUCGCUGAGUUCUUCGGUCGAUCUGCGACAGACUGGGAGAGCUUCACACCGGAGAUGGUGGCGGCGCUGUUCAGUGAGGAUGGGCUACGUCCCGAGGAGCGUUGGCUUCCUCGCCAGCUCGCAGCCUGCGUCUUCUGCGCCCGAUCCCAUUGGUUGGAGGAGCUCCACAACGUUUACAUCGCGGGGGAGCAGUGCUUCAUGGCGAAACCGAACACCGUCUGGAAGAUGCUGGAGGUCAGCCGCUACAGAGAGAGGUGGCCUUUGAUAGCCGCCACCGGUGAGUUGGAGGCUUCGUCCGUCACCGUCGUCGCGCCUGACCCGAAGAAGAAGGAGGGCCACGACGAGUACCGAGUUCUGCUGCACAAGCGCCGUGUGACGGAGGAGCAGGCGGCCGGGCGGUCUGCCGUGCACGUCUGCGCAGACUGCAAGGAAGCCUUUGAAGGCCCUGGCCCUUGGCUCUGCAAGUACGCCCUCGCGAAUGACCUCUGGCUCGGCCGUUGGUGCCCUCUCUUCCGCAAGGCGAACUUGUCCCACCAGAUGCUCCUGGCUCUGGCGCGCGUUGUAACCACGAAGAUAGUCUUGCGGCCGGAUGGAAGCAAGAACAAGUCCUCGGACUGCACGGGGAACUGGGAUUUCCUGUUCCACCAGUCUGGCAUCAUCGGCACGGCGAUCCUGUUCCAGAACGCGGACUGCGGCCCCGCACUGCAACAGUUCCCGCCCCCGCAUAUCCACGACUCCUUCGCCGUCAGUUUUGUCGCCGCCACCACUGCCGGCGAUCCCCAGGCGCAGGCGAAAGAGUUUGUGGCCACGAAGAUUGCCAAGCUCAAGGUCUCCCGCCCAGAGUUCGACGCGCAGGCAGCUGCCCUCACGAAGUCCAACGUGGUCUACGAUAAGACGACCUACGACAGGGACCUCGUGGCCAAGUGGGUCCCUGAUCCAGCCGUGGCCGCCGUCCCGCCCGUCAUUGCGGAUGCCGUCGUAGCGGUGCCGCUGGAGGAAUCGCCUGGGCAGGUCGUUGCGGAGGGCCCCGGCGACGCCACGGCCGCGGGCGAAGAGGACCGCAUGGACGCCGACAUUGCCGCAGCCAGGGAAGCGCGCUACAUCGCCGCGUUCGAGCCAGAAACCCAGGACCUGAAUACGAAACACAGCGGGGCCAUGGAGGUCACGGCGCUGAUGCAGCAGCUCGAGGAGCUCGAUCACGCCGCGCAGCGCUCGGUGGCUUUGGAAAUAGAAUCCGCAGCGGAGGCUCGCUUGGGUGAUGGCGCUUGCUUAGUGGACCACGCAGGCCGCGAGCGCAUUUUGGAGCUGUGCGAGAAGAUCCACAAGAAAUGCGCCAAAACUCUCCGCGACGGAGAGGCAAGAGCGACUCCAGCUGGAACUCCAGAAGACCGCGACUGGCCAACAGGAGCCGCCGCAAGCAGCUCCGGCACUGUUCCGCACCUGGUGCAACCUCGUGGAGCCGCGCCGCUAUCCUAUUGGGACUGGCGCAUCUGGACCAUGGCUCGGCCCCAUCUGUGGCGUUUCGGUGACGCCGCAAACCUGUACCCUGACCGGGAGACGCUGCUGACGCUCAACGAGUGGAUGUGCUGCAUGCUUCUCCGCGAAGAGAUGGAGUACGACAUGCCCACUGACACGGAACCCUUUCGUGCACGGGGUGAAGCGUCGGGGCCGGAACUCAAUCGGUUUGCCAGAGACUGGAUCACGUUGCAUAUCUUCUCGUCGAUGAGAAUCCUCGCCUCGCAGCAGGAGUCGACGCACGCCUUCUUGAAGAACGGGGGCAUCGCGUGGGCCCGCAAAGUGGCAGGCUUGAAAAAAGAGCACUUGGCCGAGGCAGCAAGGACUGGCAGGGAAGGGGACGACAUCCGAGCGCUUGCUCAAAAUGCUUCCACGCCGCAGCUAGUCCGCGACGCACUGAACAUCAUGCAGAUGGCCACGGCGCACGUCCUCGGCACCGACGGGCAUCGGCGGCUCUGCCGUCACGAGGGCAACGCCUACACUACCCUCUUCGGCCCGCCGCUGGAGUUCUGCGCGCCAAACCUCGCGGAUGGCAAGCAGCCGUGUCUCCUAGUCGUGCAGAACGAGAGGUUCUACCUCGACGGCACGCGGGACCAUGAAGGAGUGCUGCCUAAGUACCGGGACAUGCUGCUGCGGUUGGCCAAGGACCCCGUCGGCCAGACGCGCGUGUUCCACCUGAUGAUGCGCCUCUUCUUCCAGCACGUGUUGGGCGUGCGCCCAGAGUGCAUCGAGAGCCGCCGCGGCACCCGGCGUUCGGACCCGCGCGAGUGGUGCACCGACGGCAUGGCGGCGUCGGCGUGCGCCCCUGGCAUCUUUGGGCCCGUGGCCGCUUUCCGAGGCGAGAUCGAAGCUCAGGGCAGGGGGUCCCUCCACCCGCACAUCCUCGUCUGGCUCGCCCUGCUCUCCGUGGGCGAAGUGGUCGACAUUCUUCGUCGAGACUCGGAGCAGUUCCAGCGCAACCUGUACCGCUGGAUGAAAGCCACGGUCGCAGCCGCGGAGUCCAUUAGCCAGAGCUCCGUGCGUUCGCUACCACGGCGCUUCGGUGACCUCGGCACGGAGGUUACGCCGCUCGGGUUCAGCGCCACGGAGAGGAGAUUGAGUCGGUACGAUGGCGAGUCUGAGCUCAGCCUCCUGGAAGCCGUCCCUGAAGGUGACCGCAGUGCCGCCCAGACCAAGGCCUUGCAGGAGCUAGACCCGGAGAUGUGGUGCCGCCCAUGCCUCCCUGUGCGCGCGCCCAACGGCGAGCUCCUGGCGUCGACGGACGCCGGCGACGUCGUCCGGGUGUCUAUCUACACGAAGCGUGUUUCGGAGUUCGCCGUCGGACAAUGCCCAGAGUACAGGCGCCGCGGCGCCCUCAAGCGCACGGACCCAGCGCCUCCCGACCCCCAGUCUCGACGGAGCGGUGCAGGGCUGUCCGCGGCAGCAGCCGCCGAGGACGUCGGUGCUUCUCAGUGGGAGCACAAGUUCUUCAAGGACGUGAGAUCCCUGGCCCAAGAGGUCUUCGUCCACAUCUGCGGCGAGUCCUGCCACAAAUACUCUGGCAAGAAGAAGGUCCAGCAGAUCUGCCGGCACGGCUUCUACCACAUCGUAAACCUGGGCACGUGGGAUCAGCGGAAAGAAGGGAUCUCCUUCCGGCGUCGUGGCAAAGCCCUCCGGAACCAGAUGUUCGUUACCAAGUGCACCCAGCACGGGAUGCAGGGCAGGCUGCUUAUGUUCCAGGAGCACCCCUUCGAGGUGCCGACGAACUACGCCGGGGCUGCCUCGGUGCGCUGCAACCUCGACGUCCAAGAUCUACGUCGAGUGCUUCCCGAGUCCCUCUGGAACCCGGAAGGAGAGGCGUGCCCCGCCCUGCCAGUCGACGAGGCUCGUGCCAAGGAGUUCGGCUACAUGGGCGCGUACGAGUGGGACGGCGAGGGCUUCGCAGAGAGGGCGCGCGAUGCCAGCGCUUGCGGUCCCACGCAGUGGGCCAAUGACCAGACGCGCGAGGAGUGGCACCAGGCUUUCCUCACGGCGCUCGCACCAGACGACGCGGCCCAAGAGGUGAAGCCCUUCCAGUGCCAGACGUGCGGCGCCCCGCAUCAUGCGAAUCCAAGCGAGGAUGACCACGCUUGCGCUUGCAUGGAGUGCGAGUGCAUGCGUGCGGCCACGGCUGCCUUUGCCGACGCCAUCAACACCGGCUUCUACGUGAACAGCUACACGACGAAGCAGUGCCCUACCAUGGAGGGGGUGCUCGAGAAUCUGCGGCAGGGCUUGGAGCGCUUGGAGGAGCAGAGGGCCAGAGAGCAGGAGGAACUCGAGAGGGGGCGCGCCAGGGACGCCGAGCUGGUCGGCAAAGAAGCGGCCAUGAAAGUGCACAAGGGCAAGUCGACUUUUGCAGAGACGAUGCGGACGCUGAACAGGCUGAACUCCUCGUACCGCCGCUGCUACUGGAAGAGCGGAGGCGAAAUGAUUUUCCCGAUCCUUUACGGCCACAUGACCUUCGCCAGCCACCGGCGCUGGACCGUCUACGUGAAGAAGGCCGUGUUCCAGGCGGCGCAGGCAUGGAGGCGACUGUACGGCAAUUCUGUUCGACUCGCUGCGAUCAAAGCUGGCGGUCCUCGGGGGUUGUCUUUGCUGUCCUUCUGGCCAGACAUGGACCCGUACCCGCUGCGGGGCUGGCGCUGGGACAACGUUCACGGACAGAGGCUGCUGGUCGGGCCGCAGGGGCAAACGUGCGAGACAACCGUGGAGGCCUUCGAUAUGGAAAUGUCCACGCCGACCGAUGGAACCAGCAAGGCGCUCCGCCAGCAACUCACCAUGAUCCAGAAGUUCCUCAAUGAGUGCUGCAAGGAACAA